AUGGCGGUGCACUCCCAGGAGUUAGUGACCGCUGAAGAUGUGAUCCUAGAGUUCACCCCUGAGGAGUGGGCCCUACUAGACACAUCCCAGAAGAAGCUGUACAGAGAUGUGAUGCUGGAAAACAUCAAUCAUCUAAUAUCUCUUGGACUAAUGAGUGUGUGUAAAAAAGCAGAAAAGAGAAGCACUCAAUGCUUUUAUAGAAAUGACACAAACACCGUUAGUGGAGCGAGAACACACACUGGAGAGAAACCACAUCAAUGUGAUCUGUGUGGCAAAGCCUAUACUUAUUCAUCCAGCCUCAACAAGCAUAAGAGAAUACAUACAGGGAUGAAGCCAUAUGAAUGUCACCUCUGUGGGAAAGCCUUCAGUCUCUUAUAUCAACUUAAUAAUCAUAAGAGAACACACACAGGAGAAAAACCAUAUAAAUGCCAUCUAUGUGGGAAAGCAUUCACUCAUUCAUCUUAUCUGAGGACACAUAACAGAACACAUACAAAAGAAAAACCACACAACUGUGAUCUAUGUGGCAAAGCCUACACUCAUUUAUCUAGCCUCAACAAGCAUAAGAAAGCACAUACGGGAGUGAAACCAUAUGAAUGUCAUCUUUGUGGGAAAGCAUUCACUCUCUUAUAUUCACUUAAUUAUCAUAAGAGAAUACAUACAGGAGAAAAACCAUAUAAAUGUAAUGUAUGUGGGAAAGCCUUCAAUCAUUCAUCUAACCUGAAUAAGCAUAAGAGAACGCAUGCAAAAGAGAAAUUAUUUGAAUGCCACCUGUGUGGAAAAACCUUCAGACAUUCAUCUAGUUUCAGCAACCAUAAGAGAACACAUGCAGGAGAGAAACCAUAUAAAUGUCAUCUGUGUGGGAAAGCCUUCACUCUCUUAAAGUAUCUUAGCAUUCAUAAGAGAAUACAUACAGGAGAGAAACCAUAUGAAUGUCAUCUCUGUAAGAAAGCCUUCACCCAAUCAGCUACCCUUCAGCAACACAAGAGAACACAUACUGGAGAGAAACCUUAUAAAUGUCAUUGGUGUGGGAAAGCCUUUACUCAUUCAUCUACUUUUUCAAAGCAUAAGAGAACUCACUCAGGAAGAAAACCACAUGUAUGUCAUCUAUGUGGAAAAGCCUUCACUCAUUCAGAUGCCCUACAUCAGCAUAAGCGAACACAUGGUGGAACAAAACCAUAUGAAUGUCCUGUGUUUAAGAAGUCUUUCUCUACAUCAUCUAAUCUUAAUUCACAUAAAGAGAGACACACAGAAGAAAAGCUGUAUUAA